AAAAUGCAAAAUCAAAGAGAACCGAAACUGGGCGUCGUUUACCGUACCGGAGAAAAAGAGAGAGAUCCCCUCCUCUUCCUUGGACAUACUGUAACGUAAAAUCUGAGAGAGGCAGAGAGACAGAGAUGGCGGCCCGUGGGAAGAUGGUGCUGGGUUGCAUUUUAGGAGUAUUGAUUUGUGGCAGCAAUCUUUUCACGGUUAGCCAAGGGGUGUGGUUGAAUCUGCCUCCUACCGGUACCAAGUGCGUGUCCGAGGAAAUCCACAAUAACGUCGUCGUUUUGUCUGAUUACGUUGUCGUUUCCGAUGACCAUUCCCAUAUCCCCACCAUCUCUGUUAAGGUGACAUCACCAUAUGGGAACACCCUUCACCAAACAGAGAAUGUGACUCAUGGUCAGUUUGCAUUCACGACUCAUGAGGCUGGCAAUUACCUGGCAUGUUUUUGGGUGGAUGGUCAUGUUCAAGGAGAUGUGAGUGUGAACAUUGAUUGGAAAACUGGAAUUGCUGCUAAGGAUUGGGAUUCAGUUGCUAGAAAAGAGAAGAUAGAGGGUGUUGAACUUGAGCUGAGGAAACUUGAAGGAGCGGUGGAGGCCAUCCAUGAGAAUCUACUCUAUCUCAAAACAAGGGAAGCAGAGAUGAGGUCCGUGAGCGAAACAACAAAUACCAGAAUAGCAUUAUUUAGUGUCAUGUCAUUGGGUGUCUGCAUUGCUGUUUCAGCACUGCAAGUGUGGCACUUGAAACACUACUUCCAAAAGAAGAAGCUCAUUUAGUAUUGGAAGAGGAGACUCGCAUUUUACUUGAUUGGCUGGACAACUAGUUUUUUAUGGUUCAAAGCUAAAAGCAACAGUGAGUGGCAAGCUAGAGGUCAAGAAGGCUUUGAGGUUUGUUACUAUUCAAUGUCUCAAACGACUGAGAAAUUGUGGCAUCGUUAAAACUAGCUGUUCUUCUUGAUUAGUGGUGUCAGAGCCUGUUUAUCUGUGUUUUAAAAGUAAAUUUUUUUUCUUUAAUUUUUUGUUUUUUGUAUUUGUAAAUUGUUUUGAUGUGAUAAUGUUAAAUAUAAAUUUUUUAAAAAAUAUUAUUUUGAUGUA